GCCGUCGUUCAAUUCAGGAGACGAAGAAAACAUGGGACUGAGGGAAAUGCGCGGCCAUCAGACGUAAACAAGAGUUAACAAGGGCUUUUCAGACAUGUCGAUUGUCUUUGUCCCAAAGAAACUACGAGGAAAGGCAAAAAUCAACCAAGAAACAAUACAGAGGCUACUGGAUGAAAACGAUCAGCUGAUAAGAUGCAUCACGGAGUACAUGCAGAAAGGACGCGCUGUGGAGUGUGUGCAGUACCAACAGAUUCUGCACCGGAACAUUGUUUAUCUGGCGACCAUAGCCGACGCCAGCCCUGAUGACAUACCGGCCAUCACAAACUGUUCCUCUAGCAACGCCUCAACACCUGCUCUGAAUGGACACGGAGGGACUCCUCAGUGACUGCGGGUCUCUGGGUGAAAAGUUUUCACGUUCAAGAGGAUUUUCAUAAUGAAAUAUUUGUGACGUAAAAAUUGCAGCUAAAUGGUUGCAUUACUCUGUAGUUCAUGCAUGAUGUGUACUUUUUAAUGUCAGUGGAAUGUACAAUAAAGACUUGUUUUCA